AUGCCGGUGGCCGCCCGCUCGGCAGCCCCCGGGGCGCAGCCCGACGCCGGCUUUCACGCCCCUGCCCGCCAGCGGGACCGCGGCGUCGCUCCGCGCGGCGAGGAAAGCGGCGGCGAGCGGCACCUCCGUCAGGCCGGCGAGGCGGGCCGGAGCGGCAGAUGGGUGGCUUCUUCCGCCGCCCCCUUCCUGCCUGCCUUCUCCUCCUCCCCUCCGCCGCCCCCCGCCUCCUCCGUUGCCUCCUCCCCCGCUGGUGGGGCCGCCGUCGCCGCCUCCACCUCCCCCUCGGCUGCCUCCCUUCUCCCGGCACUCCCCCAGACCCGCGCCCGUGUCCGCUCCUGCUUCGGCUUCCCGGGACUCGCCAUGAGCGGCGGUUCCGGUCGCUUUCCGCCGCCCGCCGCCCUCUGCCCGCCGCCGCCCCUCCACGGGCCGAGCUUGCCGGAGGCGGGAGCGCGGAGCCAGGGCCAGGGCAGCCCCGCCGGGCACGGCGCACCCCGCGGCGCCCCGGGCUCCAGAGCCCCGCCGCCAGGUAGUAUUGGUCCAUCGUUUCAAUGCCACUCAAUCCAUCAAGAUCACAUUUGUACUGAUGACAGUGACAAGAGUGAAGACAGCCCUAGUCCCAAGCGACAACGCCUUUCCCAUUCAGUCUUCGACUACACAGCAGCAUCACCAGCCCCAUCACCACCAAUGCGACCAUGGGAGAUGACACCAAAUAGGCAGCCUGCUUUGGCUCGGCCCAACCAACACCACUUCUCAGGGGAACGAUGCAACACACCUGCACGAAACAGGAGGAGUCCUCCUGUUCGACGACAGAGAACAAGGAGAGAUCGUUUGUCUAGACAUAAUUCCAUUAGCCAGGAUGAAAACUAUCAUCACCAUCUCUCCUAUGGACAGCAGCAAGCAAUAGAAGAGCCUCGAGCCUUUCACCCACCGAAUGUAUCUCCUCGUAUCUUACACCCAGCUGCUCACCCACCACAGCAGAAUGCAGUGAUGGUUGACAUUCAUGAUCAGAUCCAUCAGGGCACAGUUCCUGUUUCAUAUGCAGUGACAACUGUGGCUCCACAUGGGAUACCCCUUUGCACAGGCCAGCACAUUCCAGCCCGCAGCACGCAACAGGUCGCAGGGUGCUCAGUGGUUUUCAGUGGCCAUCACCGUCCAGUCUGCAGUGUGUCUCCCACAAUGCUUCAGGCGUGCUCAGUCCAGCACCUUCCUGUACCAUAUGCAGCAUUUCCACCCCUCAUUUCUAGUGCCCCAUUCCUUUUGCAUCCUCCUCAUAUCCAUACACACCACCCUCCUCACUUACCUCCUCCAGGACAGUUUGUUCCUUUCCAAGCACAGCAGUCACGGUCGCCACUUCAAAGAAUAGAAAAUGAUGUAGAAUUGCUUGGAGAACAUCUUCCUGUAGGAGGUUUUACAUACCCUCCCUCAGCCCAUCCACCAACGUUGCCUCCCUCAGCUCCUCUUCAAUUCUUAGCCCAUGAUCCAUUGCACCAGGAGGUGUCAUUUGGGGUACCUUACCCACCUUUUAUGCCUCGAAGACUCACAGGGCGCAGCAGAUACCAAUCACAGCAGCCAAUACCACCACACCCUUACCAUCCCAGCCUAUUACCUUAUGUGCUAUCAAUGCUCCCAGUGCCACCGGCAGUUGGACCACCUUUCAGCUUUGAGUUGGAUGUGGAAGAUGGAGAGGUAGAAAACUAUGAGGCACUGCUGAACUUGGCAGAACGUCUGGGAGAAGCCAAACUACGGGGAUUAACAAAAGCAGACAUUGAGCAGCUUCCAUCCUACAGGUUCAAUCCAAACAAUCACCAGUCAGAGCAGAAAUUAUGUGUGGUGUGCAUGUGUGAUUUUGAGUCAAGGCAGCUACUUAGAGUCUUACCGUGUAACCACGAGUUCCAUGCCAAAUGUGUUGAUAAGUGGCUGAAGGCAAAUCGUACCUGCCCGAUUUGUAGAGCUGAUGCUUCAGAAGUGCAUCGUGAUUCAGAAUGACCAAUCCAAGAGCACAAAUCUGGUUUGGGUGUUUCUGUAUAUAUGUAUACACAGAAUAUAUGUUUCUGUAUAUAUGUAUACACAUGUAUAUAUAAACUCUCUAUUGAACUUACCUACCCAUGUGGCUUCCAGCCUACCCUUUACACAAAAGGGUCAAUGGACCUUACUUUGCACUGUGUGACUUAAUCAGUUACAAAGCUUAUAAUUAGUCUUCACAGUUAGGGGAUAGAAAGGUCUAUACACUUGUAAAUAUGUUUGGGACAAAAUACUGUAUGUCUGUAAUUGCUGCACCCAUUGCAUUGUGCAAACACAAGGAGAGGAACCAGUGUAGAGUACUAGUACUGUUCAAAUAACACACAAGAUUAUACAUUGCAGCAUAAUUAUUACUACACACAUUAUGUUGUUAGUACAUGCUGGUAUAUAAAUUCUCAAACACGCAGGCACACCUGGUCACAAGCACACUUCAGUCACCCUCUCAGGCAAGCACACACUCACACCAUUCACCCCCACUCACAGUAUCUGAAGGAUCUAUGUAAGGUAAAUUGCUAUAUUGUUUGGAGCUAUCACUUUUUUUUUCUUUUAUAUAAAAGCACAUGCUAAAAGAUCACAUCCACAGUAAUCUUGCAGCAAUACUUGGAAUGAUCACACAAAACCCAGGGAAUGUCAGUGCACACACAAAAUUAAGCUAAAAAAAUCCUUGGAGUUCUUGUUAGUAUAACAAUCCCAUAACUAUUCAAACAGCUGAUAUGCUUCCCCUUCACUGGAGGCUUUAAGUGUGUACCACUAAAGAACGCAUUCAUUCUUCAUACAUGAGUAACCUUGGGGAUUGUAUCAUAUGUUACAAAGUCUGGAUUUCUUAAUGGCUGAUUUACAAGUUACUUUAUCAAUGUAUCAGUCAAAGCUCUUGGUGCAGCUGAAUAGAAGCACAAUUUUGCCCUGUUUCAGUUGUUUUUCCCUCUGUUUAGUUAUGCAGGUAGUUCUGAAAAGCAGUAGCGCUUUGUAUACCUGUCCUUACUUAGGAACACUAAAUAAAAAUGCUUAAUUCCACUUCAAAAUACUAUAAUUUCUUUUUCCUCUCUUCCAGUGGAGUUAAAGAAUAGGCUUUUCACAAUACGAAAAUAGCAGGUUAAAUUACAUGUAAUAAAAUUUAUUUUUUUAACAAAUAAGAUUAUGUUUAAAAAGCAUAUGCCACGUAUGUCUUACAAAACUUAGCCUCUUUUAUAUAACUGCAAAAGAAAAAGAACCCAUGGUCAGAUUUAAAUAUGACUAACAUUUUUGUGUUUAGUAUUCAGUUCAAAGAAUAGAAAGAGGGUACUUUUUCUAAACUUGAUAUAAGUGAACAGGACAGAUACUUCUGAAGCUGAGGGAAAGUAGUUCUCUUUCUGGAACUGGAGAAAUGUUCCUUUUCCCCCACUAAAAUUCAUUGGGACAGUGGGAGGUCAAGGAGGUGGAGGGUCUAAGUAGGAAAAAUCCUGCAGUUAAUCGUUGCACUGUUAUGGCUUGUCUCUUCUGGAAUGGUUCUUGGGUUUGCUUGGGUGAAAAGGGACUUGCUUCCCGUGGUUAGUGUGUACAAAGAGCACACAUGCUUGUAUUUUGAAUUAGCUCAGACAGGCUACAACCACAUCUUCUGUGGUGGGCUGUCACGGGCAGGGGAUUUAUGUUGAGCUCUUAACUGCCAUGUAUUAUGCACAGCUGCCGUGGUGCCUGAUAGCACCUGAAUUCAGCAACACUUCUUUUAUGUUUGUUGCCUUUCUGCCAUCCAAUGACUUAUUUAUCCAAAAAAAACAAAAAUACCUGACCUCCAAUAUGUUUGCUUUAUCAUAUUGGCACUACUGUGGUUUUUUUGCAUAAACUGUCAAUUUAAUUUUGACAUUUUGGUGGAUAUCAAGGCCUACAGAUAAUUCCAGUGUCUCAUUUUUUGGCUUUCUUUAAAAAAAGAAGUAAGGCCAUGUGUUGUAUGUCAUUUUGUACAGGCACUUGAAUGUGACUUCACAGCUGUUAACACAAUGCAUAAUACUUGGGAUGAGACUUAACAACUGUUCUAAUUUUAAUUGUAGAAAACAGUUUCAACUGAGUUAUCUUUGGGCCUUUGUAAAAGCUGUGUUUUUUUCCUUUGGUACAUUGUUACCUCAUUUUGCUACUUGUGUUUCAGACUUUCUAAUUAUUAUGAAAGCUUAUGGUUUUUGUUGGAAUCAUAUGUUGUUAAGUGUUUUCUUUAAAUCAUAUGCUAUUGUAUCAUUUAACAUGUAGUUUUAAAUUUGUUAUAAAUAUCUGUAACCAAAUCAUUUGAAAGGUUGAUAAAUUUUUAACAAAAUUUGUACAUUUUUUAUGAGAGUUACUAGUAAUGCUUUACUAGGUAGUGCAGUGGAUUUUUAUUUUUAAUCCCUGUGCCCAAUUUUGGAGUUGAAAGAGUUGUUCAGUAAUAAAUGUAUGAUGUACACUUAGA